GAGGGCCCAGGGAGGAAGCGGAAAUGCGUUGCCAUUUUAAAGGCGACGUCCCGCCUCUAGCGUCUCCUUUUCCGUCUCCGGCCGCCAUAGAGUGAGGAGCCGUCGACAUGUCCGCCCAUUUGCAAUGGAUGGUCGUUCGGAACUGCUCCAGUUUCCUGAUCAAGCGGAACAAGCAGACAUACAGCACCGAGCCCAAUAAUCUGAAGGCCCGCAACUCCUUCCGCUACAAUGGGUUGAUUCAUCGCAAGACUGUGGGAGUGGAGCCCGCGGCCGAUGGCAAAGGGGUCGUGGUGGUCAUGAAACGCAGAUCCGGUCAGCGAAAACCUGCCACUUCUUAUGUGAGAACCACCAUCAACAAGAAUGCUCGGGCUACUCUCAGUAGCAUCAGGCACAUGAUCCGAAAGAACAAGUACCGCCCUGAUCUGAGAAUGGCUGCCAUCCGCAGGGCCAGUGCUAUCCUGCGAAGCCAGAAGCCUGUGGUGGUGAAGAGGAAACGGACCCGCCCCACCAAGAGCUCCUGAGCACACCCCCAAAACAAUAAAGAGUCCACUGACUUUUUCAACCAUC